AUGGGGAGAACUCCGUUUGGAACUGAGACGAUCCACGAUUUCGGAAAGUUCCAAAAAACUCCAAACAUUUUUUGCAACCAACGAACUUCAAUAAGGUGGCUCACAACCUGGGCGCUCUGGAUCGAGUGCACCGACUAUGGAGUGGACGUCUCGACGCAGGGCAGAGGGUUGCCCGGUAAGGAGUUGCGGCAACCAAACCGAAUACGGGCGUUGGACGGUUCGCCUCCUCACGGUCUAGAAUGCAUCUGUCGAGUUGAAGCCCCUCUAGUCGGAAUCGUUCUCCACAACCGGCGGGAUUCAGCCAACGAUUUUCAGCUCUUAUCUCCCUAUCGAGACUUUCUGUUGAACCACGACGAGCCACACGAGUCGCCGACCCCCGGGUCAGAAUUUGCCUCCGAUUCGACACCAGAAUCGCCCACUUCUCCCGCAAGCGAUUCCACACCGGAGACGUACGGUCUGGAGCCACAGGCAUUUACGGCACCGCCGGCCGAACCCAUCGAAGUUCCAAGUGCUAGCCCGAUGCCUCGCAUCGGGCGUCCGAUUCUCGCCUGGCUGCUCAUCAUUGGCAUCGUCUCGGUCUUAGUCGGGAUGAACACAUUCACUGACCCUGAAGAUGAACUGGUCGAUGGCCAAGAGGAGAAUGCGUUCCAGAAGGUGGUGUGGGAGUUUCAAGGCAAGUUGGCUCUCGGCACCGCCGACCUGAUGGGGGCGGCCUCCGACGAUCAACUCAUCAGCGGAAUACGCACUGAGUUCCUCUCCACUUACGAUGGUCGACUUCGAUUGGCAGUUCUCACCGGCGAGCUCGAAGAUCCGCAGGCGGCCACCGAGCAGUUGGCCGGGUUGCAGAAAGACGUCGCUGACGAAGACUUCAAUCCUACGGAACCUCAACUGCAAACCUCAGAAAUCCUCACGCAACUGUACGCCGACUACGGAGAAGAUGACUGGUCGGCCCCCGGGAUUGAUUCCUCGCAACGGGAAUUCCUCGAAGAGCAACUCGGCUGGUACGGCAACCUGGCCCUGUCACCUAAGCAGGCCGCCGACGAUGCCCCCCGCGAGGCCCUGAUGGUGGAAGCACGCUUUCUAGUCUUCGCGCUGUUCUCGGGUCUGUUCAUCAUGCUUUUGGUUGGCUUCGCCGGCCUGGGUGGCUUUAUCUUGUUUGCAGCACUUGCUCUCUCGGGCAAGCUGCGCAGAAGGCUGAUCGCCGGCGCGCCACAUGGCGGGGUGUAUGCCGAAACCUUCGCCCUGUGGAUGGGGCUGUUUCUGGCCUUCACAAUCGGGGCCGGGUACCUCACAAGUAAGAUUGAUUUUGGUGCGGCGCAGUUCAUUCCCACGCUCGUAGCCAUGUUCGGCAGUCUCAUCGCCCUGGCGUGGCCCGUGUUUCGCGGAGUUCCGUGGCGGGUUGUUCGUCGCGACAUCGGAUGGCGAAGCGAUCAGAACUUCAUUGUUGAAAUGUUGGCCGGUGCCGCCGGUUGGGUCUCGACCCUGCCGCUGCUGAUGAUCGGCGUGAUGAUGCUGUUCUUCCUGGCUCUCCUGCAACAACUCCUUUUCGGCGGGGGAGGUGCCGCCGGGCAACAGGGGCCCAGUCACCCGAUCGUCGAGUGGCUGGCCGAUUCCGACUGGCGAGGCCGGUUGCAACUGUUCGUCAUGGCCUGCAUUGCCGCGCCGAUCGUCGAAGAGACGAUGUUCCGUGGGGUUCUUUACCGUCAGCUUCGCGACGCGACCUUCCGCUGGAGCGUCGGAACCAGCAUUGUCGUAGCUGCACUGAUCAACAGCUUUGUGUUCGCCGUGAUUCAUCCGCAGGGAUGGCUCGCCGUGCCGGCCCUGAUGUCGCUGGCUAUCGGCUUCUCGCUCCUCCGCGAAUGGCGCGGGUCGCUGCUGGCCUCGAUGACCGCCCACGGUAUCAACAACGCCAUGGCCACAUCGGUUAGCAUCGACGUCUCACGGCAAUCGUCCACGCCGGCGGUGAAUCUUCAGCAACCGCCGGCCUGCGGACGAACGGGGAGUUUCACCGUGAAGAUCGUUCGUUCGCUGCUGCUUCCCUGUCUGCUGAUCGCCCUGGCGGUUGCGACCGCGGUUCCUGCUUUGGGUGAAACUUGGGCUGAAAAGCUCGGCUAUCCCUCCGACAAGCGAAUCCUCAUUCUGCACGCGGACGAUAUCGGCAUGUGUUACGAGGCCAACGCGGCCGCGAUCUCGCAGCUUUCCAAUGGCGAAAUCCAGUCGGCCGCCAUGAUGGUCCCUUGCCCCUGGUUCACCGAAAUCGCCGCCUGGUACAAAGAUCAUCCCGACUACGACAUGGGCCUGCACCUGGCGUUGACCUCAGAAUGGAAGCACUACCGCUGGGGUCCCGUCGCCCCGCACAACGAAGUGCCCGGGCUGUUGGAUAGGAAAGAUCCCCGUUUUAUGUGGCGGGGAGUUCUCGCUGUGGUGACCAGCUCGUCGGCCGAAGAGGUGGAGAAGGAGAUUCGGGCCCAGAUCGAGCAAGCCCUGGCCCUGGGAAUCAAACCCAGCCACAUCGACACCCACAUGGGCACCCUCUACGCCCGUCCCGACUUUACCGAGGCCUACCUGAAGGUGGCCGAAGAGUACCGCAUCCCGGCGAUGGCCAUCGGCAUGUCGGCCGACGCCGCUGACAAGUUCCGCAAGAAGGGCUACCCGGUCACCGACAAGAUGAUCGAAGUGCUCGACGCCUACACGCUGCCCAAGCUCGACAAUUUCGACGCCGUGCCCGAGGGCAAGACCUACGAGGAGAAGCUGCAAAACUUCUUCGAGUUAGUCCGCUCCUUCCCGCCCGGCAUCACCGAGAUCAUCUUCCACCCCUCGAUCGACACCGAAGGCCUGAAGCAUAUCACCGGCAGUUGGCAGCAACGCGUAUGGGAAUCUCAAAUGUUUGCCGACCCCCAGGUCAAACAAUUCUUCGAACGCGAAGGCAUCCUCUUCACCAACUGGAAAGAAAUGAUGCAACGCUGGGAAGAACGCAUCGAACCCAACCUGAAGAAGACCGCCUCGACAAACAAUUAG